UCAGAUACAGUAGAUUGGAUCAACCAUGGGAGCGAAAAAUGACCUAACAAGAUGGGAGUGGCCACACACCUGUCAGACCUGUUCCUGAUACAUGACUCCAGCAGGACUCUCCUAUGCGUUAGUCCUUUGUUCAACCUGUGUUUGUCAAGCUGAAUGAGGAUGGCAGAAACACCGAACCCGGCCACUACCUCCUUUCCAGCACCAACUAUUUCUCUACCCCUUGGAAUGGAAAUAUUGAGGACAUAUUCAGGGGGCCUGAUUUGUUUGGAAAUUGUGUUUGGAGGGUUGGUGUGGAUAUUAGUAGCAUCGACGAAUGUGUCAGUGCCAUUGUUGCAGGGUUGGGUGAUGUUUGUGUCAGUAACCAUGUUCAUCUGUUCGUCUGUAUAUCUUGCCCUGUUUCUGCUGGGCCUGGCAGACAAGAUUAACACUGACUGGAAUUUCAUGGACAUGUUCUAUCAUUUCAUCGCUUUGCUGUUUUAUUUUGGUGCAUUUUUGCUGGAGGCUACAGUUACAUCUGCGGGUAUAUAUACAAACAGCACCUGCAUACGCAGACCCCGUGGCAAUAUAAUAACAUUUCUGGACUAUAGAGAGUAUAACAUUAAUGCUGCUGCUGCGAUAUUUUCAUUUAUAGUGACUUUGUGUUAUGGCUGUAGCAUGUUCAUGGGCUUCCGGAGAUGGAGAAAAUAGCACACAAAAAUUAAGCAUAUGUAACCCAUUCAUUACACAAUGUCAACUGUACUGUUAUGGACAUUACACAAUGUGAUAUUGGUUUACCACAAUGUCUCUAGGGUCUUUAGUCACAUUGAAGUAAAAAUCAUUUUAAAAACAUCCAAUCCAAUAUUUUCGAUUUUUCUAUUUUCGAUUUAGAUUUAGAUUUUACCUUCUGGAUGAUUUUAAUUUCUAGACCUAAGAAAUUGUAAAUCCAUUUUAUUUUGCUUCUGUAUUAGCCAUUGCUCUAACAACACCAAGGCAAAAACUUUUUUUUUUAUGACAAAUGUGCUGUAAACUUACACA